AGGAAAUUCUUGGAAUCCAAACAUGGACGACAAAGUAUUACAUUCGAUGCUUAUCUUCUUCUGCAACUAUUAAAUUUUUCUUGCUAAUGCUAUAUAUCCCUUUCCACAGUUUUCUUCUACCUUUGGCUGCUACCUUUACACAUUUUUUUAUAGAAGAACUUUCAUGCCAAAUGCGGAAUCAACCCAGGUUUCCUUCCUUUUUACAAUUCAACAAAAAUAUUAUAUCAGUUAGGAACAUAUAUUUAAGUCAAAGGAAACUUGUUGAGAGAGAGUUAUUUCAGGAGAUUGUGGAGAAAGGGAAGAAUCUUUAAUCUCAAAGAAAUCUAAGUUGGCAACAGAAGACCAAGUACAUUUAUCCACCUAUUGAAUACCAUUGUCUACUUCCUUCUGCACAAGAAAACAAGCCUUCUUCUUCUUCUUUCUUCAUCACCAUCUAUCUCAGGCAUCAAAUCAAUGUUAACUAAUCCUUUCAAGAUUCGAGAUUCACUGAAGAAAUCUGGUAGGAGAGAAAGCUUGAAGAUAGUUCUUGAAGGAACUCAUGAACCUAAAGAUGCACAACUCGUUGAAUCCUUUCGCAAAUUGCUGCUUCUUGAAGGUCACUUACUAGGGAAGCACAGUGAUUAUCACACUCUUUCAAGAUUUCUGCGAAUGAGGGACUUUAAUCUUUCAAAAGCAAAAGAAAUGUUUGUAAAUUAUCUUAAGUGGCGCGAAGAUUACAAAGUUGAUGCAAUUCCAAAGGAAUUUAAGUUCAAGGAGUAUACGGAGGUAAAAAAAUGCUAUCCUCAUGGAUAUCAUGGGGUUGAUAGAUAUGGCAGACCACUAUACAUUGAAAGGAUUGGGAUGAUAGACCUUAAUUCACUAUUUCAAGUGACUACAGUUGAAAAUUUUGUUAAGUAUCAUGUAUCCGAACAAGAGAAGACAUUGAACUUGAGAUUCCCUGCGUGUUCAAUUGCAGCUAAGAGGCAUAUUGCAAAAACAACAAGUAUCUUGGAUGUGAAAGGGGUGGGAAUGUCCAAUUUCUCAAAGCCUGCUAGAUGUCUCUUUAUGGAAAUUCAGAAGAUUGAUAGCAACUACUAUCCUGAGACUCUAAAUCAGCUCUUUAUAGUCAAUGCUGGUUCUGGAUUCAGGAUGUUGUGGAAAGCACUGAAGGCUUUUCUUGAUGCGCGUACAUUAGCAAAGAUUCAAGUGCUGGGAUCCAAUUACCAGAGUAAUCUGCUUGAAGUUAUAGAUGCAAGUAAUCUGCCAAGUUUUCUGGGAGGAAGCUGUACAUGUUCUGAUUAUGGCGGUUGCCUUUUCAGGGAUAAAGGACCCUGGAAUAAUCUAGAAAUUGUAGAAAUGCUUCAGGCUGUUUCUGCAACUGAAAAUGUUUACUUUGAUGGAGAAAACAAUGCUAUUGCUUCAGAGGAGAGUGACGAAAGUAAAGGAGUAUAUGGAAGUAAAGAAGAUUUAGAUUGUCGAGCUAAGCUUCAGGGUCAGCCGCUCAGAAAAUCCCGGCUCUGGAAGCUGCUCUUAUACACACUAACCUUAAUAUGCAACCAUUGGAAACAGAUCUUUAAGAGACCAUGAUGGUUAGUCUGAAAAAAGCUUUAUCCUUCUUUUCCCCUGUCAGGUACUGAGAGAACUUGCACAGCAUGUAGAAGCACUGAGAACUUGACUCCAUCAGCAAGUAAACUUAAUUAGCUCACCCGGUUCAUUCCUAUGCUACAAUCAGUUGCAGGUUUUAGUUUAGGUAUGUUCUUUGUCUUUCUUCUUUUUCUCCUUUGACUCCAGUACUAUCCAGCCGAAUCUCAGGACAAAAUGCUUAUAGUCUUUUCAAGAAGGCAACCGCAUCAUGAAUCACGGGCAAUAAAAAAGAAGCUGGUUCUGAGCUUUGCAGUUUGCAUUGGCUCUAUCUGCAUUGUGGGUCACUUUGGAUCAGCCCAAUUAUUGAAUAUGGGUAAUCCUUGUAUCACCAUAAUGGAUUAGAGCCAAACAGUUCUUUUCUAUUUCUAAAAGAAGGAACAACCCGAAAAGCUAGGAAACAAACAACAAAAGUAUAGACAGGGAGAUGCAAAUGUAUUUGUUGUUCAUAAAUUCAUCAUUAGCUUCAUAAA